UGAUGACAUUUCUCAAAUCGUCAAAGUACACCAAACAAUAUAAACAUGUCUGUUGUAAAAAGUAUUCUAUUGAUGUUCGCCAUCUUACCGGUAUUGUCGAGUGGAUUAUUUCUAAACACGAAGUGUGACGUAGACGUGUGGCCGUCAGAAAAAAGAGAUCCAGCAGUGCGAGUGUUUGAAGUCCCUCAAGAAUGCAACAAUGGCACAUUCCGUUGGGACUAUCCUCAAAAGACCGUCCAUCUAAAAUUUUUGAACCACUACCGUAGGCAGAUGUCUGUAUGUAUUCGCGACGGCAUGCUUGGUGACAUCUUCACUGUUCGGGAUAUAACGCAUACUCUCGGGAUGCCGAUGGUCAUUGGAGAAAAGGAAAGCUGCACUUUGAAGUACCAUGAGGCAAUCACAUUGAGAAUUGAUGCUCCGGAAACCCUCUACUAUGUUGGUUCGAUUCUGUAUCAUGUGUAUGAGGAAUAAUAGUGACAAGUUAUACAAUAAUAAUUAUGU